AUGUCACUCCCCAGCGACACUCGUGGCACCGCGAAUGCUGCUAACGGCGGUUCCGAUGGGAGCGAGAUGGCCGUCGGAUUCGUUGGCUUGGGUGCGAUGGGUGGUGGCAUGGCGGCCGCUCUGGUGAAGCGAGGCUUUGCUGUGAAGGGAUUCGAUGUGUACCCCCCGGCAUGCGAGAAACUCAAAUCUGCGGGUGGUGCUGCUGCCGCCUCCGCAGCCGAUGCUGCUAAGGGAGCCAUGGUGCUGGUGCUGAUGGUGACCACGGCCAAGCAGGCCGAGGGGGCUCUGUUCGGCGAUGAGGGAGCACUGCAGGCUCUCCCUCCCGGUGCCGUCGUCAUUCUCUCCUCCACUGUUCCGCCUGAAUUUGCACGCAGCCUUGGCACCAAGCUCUCAGCACAGGGCAAGGGGUGGGAGAUGGUGGAUGCGCCGGUGUCAGGAGGGGUGGCACGUGCUGCGGACGGCACCCUCACUAUUAUGGCCGCAGCGACACCUGCUGCUCUCGCCAAGGCACGCCCAGUGCUGGAAGCCAUGAGUGCAAAGCUGUACAUCGUGGGAGACUCACCGGGCGCAGGCAGCGCGGUGAAGAUGGUGAAUCAGCUGCUGGCAGGGGUGCACAUAGCGGCAGCAGCGGAGGCGAUGGCACUGGGGGCGAGGGCAGGGCUGAACGCGCGCAUGGUGUUUGAUAUCAUCUCCCAUGCUGCUGGCAACUCAUGGAUGUUUGAGAACCGAGUGCCGCACAUGCUGGACAACGACUUCACGCCUCGCUCCGCCCUCAACAUCUUUGUCAAGGACCUGGGCAUUGUGUUGAGUGAGGCACAGUCGCUCGCGUUCCCUCUGCCCCUGGCAGCAGCAGCACACCAGCAGUUCCUGGCGGGUGCAGCAGCAGGGCUGGGCAGAGAGGACGAUGCUGCCGUGGUCAAGGUCUAUGAGCGCCUGGCAGGAGUAACAGUCGCCUCCGCCCUCCCCUCCACCUCAUCUCCCCCUUCCACCUCCUCCUCUGCUCCGUUCCCGGAGCCCACCGUCCAAUCAAAAGCCGCCAUGCUGGCAGCGCUGCCGCCCGAGUGGACGGGCAGCUUGGAAGUGACAAGGGGGGGCGCAGAGGGCAAGGAGGGAGGACAGGGAGAGGCGGUUCUGCCAGUGGUGGUGGUGUUGGAUGAUGACCCCACUGGCACUCAAACGGUGCAUGGGCUGCAUGUGCUCACCACGUGGGACGUGGAAACACUCAAGGCGGAAAUGGCAGCACUGGCGCACACCCCCAAUGCCGCCUUCUUCAUUCUCACCAACUCCCGCGCACUGCCCACGCAGCAGGCAGCAGCUCUCACGCGCACCAUCUGCAGCAAUGUCGUGACAGCAGCCCAGCAAGCAGGGAUCCUCAGCAGCAGCAGUGGUGGCAAGGAUCCGGGUUGCAGGGGCAUCACACUCAUUCUCCGAGGGGACUCCACCCUGCGAGGUCACUUCCCCCAGGAGGUAGAGGCAGCGGAGGCAGCGCUAGGCAAAGCAGUGGAUGCGUGGGUGGUGUGUCCUUUCUUCCUGGAGGGGGGCCGCUACACCAUCAAUGACAUGCACUAUGUGGCCGAUGGGGCUGACAGGCUGGUGCCGGCAGCACAGACAGAGUUUGCCAAGGAUGCUGCCUUUGGCUACUCCCGCUCCAACCUCAAACAGUGGGUCGAGGAGAAGACAGGUGGCGCCAGGUCAGCAGCUGAUGUGGCAUCCAUCUCCAUCGAGACCAUUAGAGGGGGCGGCCCUUCCGCCGUCCUUAAAGCCCUCAUGGCGCUACAUAAGGGCAGUGUGUGCGUCUUGAAUGCAGCGAGUGACAGUGACUUGCACGUGGCUACAGCAGCUCUCCGCCAUGCAGAGGCAGCAGGGCGCUCCUUCCUCGUGCGCUCUGCCGCUUCCUUCGUCUCCUCCCUCCUCUCCCUCCCCAAACUGCCCCCGCUUGGUCCCCCUGAGUGGGCGCAGCUGCUGCUGGGCGGAGGGGCGGAUGGGGAUUGUGGGGGGGAGGGGGAGUGGGGGCGGAAGUUGAAGCGGUGGGGAUGGUUGCGGAGCGGUAUGGGGGGGUUGAUUGUGGUGGGGUCGUAUGUGCCGAAGACGAGUGCUCAGCUAGAGGAGCUGCUCUCCCGCCUCGGCUCGUCGCUUCAUGUGAUACAGAUCAGUGCUGCUGACGUGGCGUCUGACAGCUGGCAGGGGGAGAGGAGGGAAGCGGCGGUGGCAGGGAUGGCAGGGGAGGCGGAGAGAGCUCUACGGGAAGGCAGUGACGUUGUCAUCAUGACGUCACGCGAGCUCAUCACUGGCUCAGACGCGGCCAGCAGUCUGGAGAUCGGGUCGAGAGUGAGCGAAGCUGUGGUUGACGUUGUAAAGGCGAUCAGCGUGCGCCCCAAGUACAUUCUUGCUAAGGGCGGCAUCACAUCAUCGGACGUGGCGACCAAGGCGCUGGGCGUGAGGAGGGCGAGGGUGGAGGGGCAGGCCAUGGCAGGCGUGCCGCUGUGGCGCCUUGAUGGUGCCUCCACCUUCCCCGACCUGCCCUACAUCGUCUUCCCAGGCAACGUGGGGUCAUCCUCCUCUCUUGCCGACGUGGUACAGCGCUGGCGCCAGCCCAUCACCCCGCCGCUGCUGACCACGCUAGACCUAGUGCGCGCAGCAGCAGAGGGCGGGUAUGCAGUGGGGGCAUUCAACGUGUAUAACCUGGAAGGGGUGCGGGCCGUGGUGAAGGGAGCAGAAGAAGAGAGGAGUCCGGCCAUUAUCCAGCUGCAUCCCUCGGCCAUCUGUCACGGGGGAGAGCCUCUCAUGGCAGCGUGCGAAUCAGCGGCCAUGGCUGCACGCGUGCCCAUCGCCCUGCACCUCGACCAUGCCACGGACGUGGGCCUUAUUCAGCGAUGUGUAGAGCAGGGGUGGUGCCGGUCCAUCAUGGCAGACGGCUCUCACCUGCCCCUGGCUGACAACAUCGCCUUCACUCAACGCGUUAUGGCUGCCCUCGCUGCCCUCACCACUCCAGCAGCUGUAGAUGCACCGGGGCCGCCGAGAGCAGUGGGCGGUGGGGGAGGGGCGGUGGUGGUGGAGGCGGAGGUGGGGCGGAUAGCGGGGGUGGAGGAUGGGGAGACGGUUGAGGAGAUUGCAGGCAGGCUCACCCAGGUUGAACAGGUGAGACACGGUGAGGCAGUGGUGGAGGCAGAGGUGGGGCGGAUAGCGGGGGUGGAGGAUGGGGAGACUGUGGAGGAGAUUGCUGGCAGGCUCACACAGGUUGAGCAGGUGAGGCUGAGACUUUCCUUCAAGGCGUUCCCCAGGUGUCUCUCCUCGCAGUGUGUGUGGGCAACUGCCACGGCCCAUACCCAGCCUCCGUGCUCUCUUCCCCCGCCUCCAUCCUCAACCUCCCUCUGCUCCGCUCCCUCGCCGCCACCACCACGCCCACCUGGUGCUGCACGGCGCCUCGGGAUUGCCGCCAGAGAUUGUCGUGUCUCAUCUCUUCCCAUUCCUCCUUCCGCCCACCUUCCCAUGCAGGCCGAGACUUUCCUUCAAAGUGUUCCCCAGGUGUCUCUCCUCGCGGUGUGUGUGGGCAACCGCCACGGCCCCUACCCACCCUCCCUCCUCUCCACCCCCGCCUCUAUCCUCAACCUCCCCCUCCUCUGUUCCCUCGCCGCCACCGCCGCCCACCACCACGCCCACCUGGUGCUGCAUGGGGCCUCGGGAUUGCCGCCAGAGAUUGUACAGGAGUGCGUACAGUGCGGCGUGCGCAAGUUCAAUGUUAAUACCGAGUUGAGGGCUGCUUAUAUGGAGGCACUGGGAGGGGGAGGGAGGGAUUUGGUGGAUGUGAUGGGAGAGGCGGAAAGGAGGAUGAUAGAUGUGGUACGAGGGAAGCUGAAGCUGUUUGGGUCGGCUGGUCGCGUGUGA